AUGAAUUUAUUGGUAGCCAUUGAUUUUACUGCCUCAAAUGGUAAUGUCACAGAUCCAAACUCCCUCCACUACAACAAGCCAGGACAAAUGAAUCAAUAUGAGUCUGCCAUUUAUGCGGUGGGACAAAUUCUCAGCGAUUAUGACUAUGACAAGAGGUUCCCUUGUUUUGGGUAUGGUGGAUAUAUUAAUGGUACAACGUCACAUUGUUUUGCAUUGAAUGGAAAUCCUCAACAACCAGAGUGUUUGGGCGUUCCUGGAAUUUUGCAAGCAUACAGACAAGCUCUAAAUAAUGUUUCUCUAAGUGGACCAACGUUAUUUGCUAAUGUGAUUCAAACAGCAUGCCGUUACGCCUCACAGCCAAUUUCACAACAAAAUCAAGAAUAUUAUAUCUUGUUGAUUAUCACAGACGGAGCCAUCAACGACAUGGACGCGACUAUUGAUGAAAUUGUUAAAGCAAGCGAUUUACCACUUUCUAUCAUUAUUGUUGGUGUGGGCAAUGCCAAUUUCGAAUCCAUGGUCACUCUCGAUGGAGAUGAUGGAAGACUCAGAUCUACUCGUACUGGAAGAUAUGCAAGUAGAGACAUUGUACAAUUUGUUCCAUUUAACCAAUUCAGAAAUCAACCCUAUACCUAUCUUGCGAAAGAGGUUUUGGCUGAAAUUCCUCAACAAGUGACAAGUUUCAUGAAGAUGAAAAACAUUGUUCCAAAUCCAAGACUUGUCGUUCCUGAAUACGUUCCUCCCAUGACGAAUGAGGAAUUACCAAGAGGUUCCCUCUCAGAAAAUUACAACCCAAACCUUGCCACUCCACCAUCAUCGUCCUUCACCACUCUAAAUGCCACCUCAACAUCAACCUUAACACAGCAACCACCUUAUCCAACCAAUGUACAAUACAAGAUCUAA